CCAGCCCCAGCCCCGACCCCGGCCCGGCGGCCCAGGCGUCACUUCGGAGCGCGGCGGCAGCUGACUGCGCGUUCACGCCCCGCUGGGAGCCGCGAGCCCCGCCGCCAUUAUGAAUAUCCGCAAUGCGAGGCCAGAGGACCUGAUGAACAUGCAGCACUGCAACCUUCUGUGCCUACCCGAGAACUACCAGAUGAAAUACUACUUCUACCACGGCCUGUCCUGGCCCCAGCUCUCUUACAUUGCUGAGGAUGAGAAUGGGAAGAUUGUGGGGUACGUCCUGGCCAAAAUGGAAGAGGACCCGGAUGACGUGCCCCACGGACAUAUCACCUCACUGGCUGUGAAGCGUUCCCACCGGCGCCUCGGCCUGGCUCAGAAGCUGAUGGACCAGGCCUCCCGAGCCAUGAUUGAGAACUUCAAUGCCAAAUACGUCUCCCUGCAUGUCAGGAAGAGUAACCGGGCCGCCCUGCACCUCUAUUCCAACACCCUCAACUUUCAGAUCAGCGAAGUGGAGCCCAAAUACUACGCAGAUGGGGAGGACGCAUAUGCGAUGAAGCGGGAUCUCACCCAGAUGGCCGACGAGCUGAGGCGGCACCUGGAGCUGAAGGAGAAGGGCAGGCACAUGGUGCUGGGCUCCAUCGAGAACAAGGUGGAGAGCAAGGGCAACUCACUUCCAAGCUCAGGAGAGGCCUGUCGUGAGGAGAAGGGCCUGGCUGCUGAGGAUAGUGGUGGUGACAGCAAGGACCUCAGCGAGGUCAGCGAGACCACAGAGAGCACCGAUGUCAAGGACAGCUCCGAGGCCUCUGACUCGGCCUCCUAGAGCCCGCAUGUGCUCCUCGCCCCGCCCUGGCCUGCACAUCCCAUCCUCGCCCUGUGAGGUUUCACAAUAAACUUCACCCAGCGGCCUUGGGGAGUUUGUGUGUGCAAGUGUGCACGUUCAGGGGGUGUGCCUCUCUCUGGUCCCUUUGUGUCCCCAUGGAUGGGGACCUCACAGCCUUUUGGCACAGCACAUCCUGCCAAGCCCCAGUAGAAAGGCAGUGCUUUGUCAGGGCUUUGGAGGUGGGGCUCCCAAGUCUGAUGGCUUUCAGCAUCUUUGAGCCCUGGGGAGGGAGGCCCUGGAGUUCUGGGAGCCAUCCCCGUCACAGAGGCAGAUGCUCUGCCUUCUGAGGCCUGCUCUGCCACUGCCUUGAUGGGCUCCAGAUGUGUAAGUCCAGCUGCUCACUGGACUUAUGACUGAUGUCCUGUCUGGGUAAUGGCCCAACCAGCUACCCAGUUGCUCAAGCCCUGGCAACUGUUAUUGAUUCCUCCCUCCCCUGCCAUCCAAAAGGUCAGCAAGUCGUGUAUUCAACCACCAUAAUACCCCUUGAAUAUACUCCUUAACCCUAAGCCUUCAUUUGAAAAUAACUAAUAGACUUUAUUUUUAGUACAGUUUUAGAUUUACAGAACUGAGCAGAUAGUACAGAGUUUGCAUGUACUCCCUCUCCCCACUCACAGUUUCCAAUAUUAUUAACAUUUUGCAUUGUGUUGCAUGUUACAAUUGAUGAGCCAUUAUUGACACAUUGUUAACUCUAGUUCAGGGUUUGUAUUACAUUCUAUGGCUUUGGACAAA